AUGUCAUCGAGUACGGUUUUUAUCAUCAAUGCGCUGAAAAGUAUUGGUGCUAGUAAAGAGGGAAGAAAGAAUAAAAAAUUAAAGGAGAGCGUUAAUAAAGCGCUAGCGUUAGACUGUAUUGAAAAACUUUUUUCAUAUAAUUAUCUGAUAGAAACCAAUGGAUUCUAUAUAUCAGAAAACGUGGAUGACAUAGAUGAUUCUUCAAAAGACGCUCAAGACGAAAGCAAAAAACCUCUGGUUGACCGUGCAGUUGAUGCUGUUUGUGAUUGUUUUGUAGGUGAAAAUACUGAUGAGAAAGCACUUUUAGCUGCCGUUUCAUCAACAAAGACUCCUAUUCACCAAUCCUCGCUUCUUAAAUCAAUUCGUUAUUCUUAUAAUAUAUUUUUACUUUCACGGAAUUCUGUUAAUCAGACAAUUGCACAAGGAACAUUAACCCAAAUGGUUAAUCAAGUAUUCAGUCGCAUCAAAGUGAAUACUGACGAAAAUAUUGAAUCACCUUUAGAGAAAAGAAAAAAUGGCAUAGAUUUUAGAAAUAAUAAUUAUAAUCCAAUAGAAAUUGACAGAUCAAGUGAGAAUGAGGUCGAUUUAGGAAUUAGUAAAAACCCAAAUUUAAAUGAAUAUAAAAACAAUGAUAAUGAAAAAAAUGGUCACGAGUUAAAUGGUAAACGUGAUACGCGAGAUAGUUUUGAAGCAGUAGCAGCAUUUACUGGUUCUACUGUUGAAUUGGAAAGUUCUGAUGCACUGGAAUUUGGGCAAUGGAAUGAAUCUAACGAAACUAGUGAAGAACUUGUGAAAGCUGUUGAACAAGAAAUGGUAAAUUUCAAAGACCCAGAAGAAUUUACGGCAAAAGGAAAAAUAUUAUCAGAUCCUGAGAAUCAACAAUCAUCUGAUACUGUGUCUACUCUCGAACAAACUAAUACCGUUAAUCGGGAUGAUUUAUAUGUUAAAGAUGCUUUCCUCGUGUUUCGUGCUUUAUGUAAAUUAUCUAUGAAACCCAUGUCCGCUGAAGCAUCUAAAGAUUUAAAAUCUCCUCCAAUGCGAUCAAAGCUUUUGUCAUUACACCUAAUAUUGACAACAUUAAGCGCACAUAUACAUGUAUUUUCCUCUCCAAAUGUUAUAUUUGUGUCAUCUAAACAAGAGAGCACCUCAUUCGUUCAUGCAGUCAAGCAAUAUUUAUGUUUGAGCUUGAGUAGAAACGCUGUGAGCCCUUUACCACAGGUUUUUGAAAUUAGCCUUGAAAUAUUCUGGAAAUGUAUGAAUAAAUUAAGAAGCCAUCUGAAGAAGGAAAUAGAAGUAUUUUUCAAAGAAAUAUUUCUUCCAAUACUAGAAAUGAGGACAUCUUCAAUGAAACAAAAAUACGCAUUAAUGAAUAUCCUCUCAAGGAUUUGUAGUGAACCUCAAACUCUAGUGGAACUUUAUUUAAAUUAUGAUUGUGAUAGAGAAGCUUUAGAUAAUACAUAUGAGCGAAUUGUAAAUAUUGUUUCAAAAAUCACCACAACACAUACUGCAAUAAAUUCAACAUCUGGCAUGUCGUCUUCCACCAAUUCUGAGAAGGAUAAAAAUCCUAAUUCAUCCACAACAUCGCUUCCCAGCACAUCAGCGAAAUCUACAAAUGUUAUUACACCAUCUCUUGACACAAAAUCCAUAGCUACUAAUACUACAUCAAAAUCCCAUCCAAAUCUUCCUGCUGAACUUGCAUUAAAAUAUCAAGGACUUGAGUGUCUUGUUUCGAUUUUACGUUCUCUUGUUGCAUGGUGUAGUAAUAAAUCGUCUGUGGAAGGCAUUGAUGAUUAUAAAGAUGAAUCAACCAGAAAAAGUGAAGAAACCGUUACUGAGUUAGCAUUAUCUCAAAAUCCAGUUACUAUACAAAAUACAAGCAAGUCGUCACCAUCUUCUUCUACAAUGUCAGUAUCCGGCUCGUUUUUUAAUACUUCAUCUGACAUAAAAAGCGUAAUUCCAAAAGCUAUGGAUGAUCCAGAGCAAUUUGAAAAUCUGAAGCAUCGAAAGCAAGUGCUUCAAGAUGGUAUUAAAACGUUUAAUUUUAAACCAAAAAGGGGAGUCAAAGCGUUGGUGUCAGCGGGGUUUAUUCCUAGCACUGAGCCCUUGGAUAUAGCCAAAUUUUUGCUAAAUACGGAAGGAUUAAAUAAAACCAUGAUCGGCGAAUAUUUGGGUGAAGGUGAUACAGAAAAUAUUGCAACUAUGCAUGCGUUUGUUGAUUUAAUGGAUUUUUCAAAUAUGAAUUUUGUCGAUGCUUUACGGCAGUUUUUACAGUCUUUCCGUUUACCUGGUGAAGCUCAAAAAAUUGAUAGAUUUAUGUUAAAAUUUGCUGAACGAUAUGUAGAUGGAAACCCAACACAAUUUGCUAACGCAGAUACCGCCUAUGUCCUUGCAUAUUCAGUUAUUAUGUUGAAUACUGAUCUUCACAAUCCUCAAAUAAAGCGUCGCAUGACAAAAACUGAAUUCAUAAAAAAUAAUCGUGGAAUAAAUGACAACUCUGAUUUGCCUGAAGAGUACCUGACAGCUAUAUAUGAUGAGAUACAAAAUGACGAGAUAAAAAUGAAAGAUGAAGAAGCUGCGCUGGUGCAACCAAUGACACCGACUUCAGGUGGAAUUGGUAUUGCGAAUUUGGGUAGUGCUAUUGUUAAUGUUAGAAGAGAUUUCAAAAGAGAAGCAUAUCAAGCUGCUUCUCAAGAGAUGGCAAAUAAAACUGAGAACUUAUUCAAGGCUAUGCUAAGAGCACAGCGUCAUGGUGUUGAUACUUCAAAUACGACUUUUUAUAGUGCUUCUCAUUUUGAACAUGUACGUCCAAUGUUUGAAGUUGCAUGGAUGCCAGUUCUUGCUGGAUUAUCAGGCCCACUUCAAGAUACAGAGGAUAUUGAAACCGCGAGUCUAGCAUUGGAAGGCUUUAAGCUUGCUAUUCGUAUAAUAAGCCUUUUCGAUAUGGAACUUGAACGAAAUGCUUUUGUCACUACAUUAGCCAAAUUCACAUUUUUGAACAACUUAGGUGAAAUGAGACCUAAAAACGUAGAUGCUAUUAAGACUCUUUUAGAUAUAGCAUUAGUGGAAGGAAAUUACUUGAAAGGAUCCUGGCAGGAGGUUUUGACUUGUGUUAGUCAACUGGAGAGAUUCCAGCUAAUAAGCACUGGGGUGGAUCAAACUUCAGUACCUGACUUACCAUCUUCAGUUGAUAAUGGGGCAAGACGUAGCAGUUCAGCUUCAAAAAGGUCAUUUUCAUCAAGGCCCGCACCUCAGAUAACAUUUGCAGAAGAUGUUGCGUUAGAAAGUAGGUCAUCCCAUGUGGUCGUUGCUGUUGAUAAAGUUUUUAGCUCGAGCUCAAAUCUCUCUGGGACCGCUAUAGUAGAAUUUGUGCGAGCAUUAAGUUGUGUUUCGUGGAAAGAAAUACAGUCUUCAACCAUGACUGAGCAUCCAAGAAUGUUUAGUUUACAAAAACUAGUUGAGAUUUCAUAUUAUAAUAUGGGUCGUAUCCGAAUGGAAUGGUCUAAUAUCUGGGCCAUAUUAGGUGAUCAUUUCAAUAUGGUUGGAUGUCACCCAAAUAUAAAUGUUGGAUUCUUUGCCAUCGAUUCUCUUCGUCAGCUUGCAAAGCAAUUUUUGGAAAAGGAAGAACUUCCUCAUUUUAAAUUUCAGAAGGACUUUUUGAGGCCUUUUGAAUACAUAUUAGUCAAUAAUGCCAAUAUUUCCAUAAAAGACAUGGUGUUGUGUUGCGUUCAACAAAUGAUACAAGCUCGAUCACACAACAUCAAAUCUGGAUGGAAGGCUUUAUUUGGUGUUUUGUCAGCUGCAGCAAAAGAAACUAAUGAAUCCAUUGUUGUAAUGGCAUUCGACACUGUUAAAAUGAUAGUAAAAGAUCAAUUUGAUGGUAUUGUAUCCAAUAGUACCUACCCUGAUCUUAUGAUUUGUCUUACAGAGUUUUGUAAAAACAAUCGAUUUCAAAAAACAAGUCUUCAAGCAAUUGAUACUAUGUGCAUGUCUAUAGAAAAGAUGCUAGAGUAUCCACAAUAUAAAAUACAUCAUCCUAUUAAUGGACCUAAUGGUGUGGCGAAUGCGAGUGAAGUCAAAGGAAUUACCAAUGAUGAUCCUUCAUUCAAAUUUUGGUAUCCAUUACUAGUUGGAUUCCAUGAUGUUAUAAUGGAUGGAGAAGAUUUGGAAGUUAGAACAAGAGCUUUAGUUUCUAUGUUUGACACCCUUAAAAAAUAUGGAGUUACAUAUUCUUUAGAGUUUUGGAGCGUAAUAUGUCGUCAAGUUCUUUUUCCUAUUUUUGGUGUAUUAAGAUCACGUUCGGAUAUAUCCAAAUUUUCAAGUCAAGAAGAUAUGAGUGUUUGGUUAUCAACAACUAUGAUCCAAGCUCUUCGUAAUAUGAUCGAUUUGUUCACACAUUAUUUUGACACGCUUGAGGUAAUGAUUGAUGGGAUAUUAGAUUUACUUGGUUCUUGUAUAACACAAGAAAACGAUACACUUGCGCGUAUUGGGAGCUCUUGUUUACAACAACUAAUUGAAGAUAAUGUAAAGAAGCUUGACUAUAAGCAUUGGGGAAAAAUUAGCACAAUGUUUGUCCAAUUAUUUGAAACAACUACGCCAAAUAAUUUACUUGACGAAGGUCACUAUUUCAUUGAUGCUGCAAACCAAUUUUCGGAAAAAUCAAAUGGGGUUAACGAAAUAUAUGGUGGACAAAAUGGGCAUAAUGUGAAUGGAUUCGUUUCUGAAGUGGAUUUGAACACUCGAUCCAUGAUUGAAGAACAUUAUUCCGAACAUGAACAUACAUCAACAACCGUGGCUCAUGAUGAGCAAAGAACCCAAAAAUUCAAUAAAAUUAUUAUAAAGUGCCUGCUUCAACUACUGCUAAUAGAUACUGUAAACGAAUUUUUAAGUAAUGAUACGGUAUACGAGUCAAUUCCCGCCGUGCAUUUAUUGAUAAUUGGCGAAUGCUUAAACCAAUCAUAUAGCUUUGCUCGAAAAUUCAAUGAAGAUAAAGAAUUGAGAGUGGCACUCUGGAAAAUAGGGCUUAUGAAACAAUUGCCCAACAUGCUUAAGCAAGAAUCAAGCAGUGCAUCGUGUUAUCUAGAUCUUUUGAGAAGAAUGCAUGGUGAUAGUUCCCCAAACCGUCUUGAGAGAAAACUAGAUGUUGAACAAAAGCUAAUACCGUUGACACAGCAAAUAUUGAAACACUUCAAUUCAUUGGACCCCGAGUCACAAACACGGAAUAUUAACGCAUGGGCACCUAUUGUGACUACAGUUCUAAAUGCAUACAUCCACUUUAAAGAUGAUGAUCUUAUACGAUACCUUCCUGACUUCUAUUCGGAAGCGAUUAAUCUAUUAUCACACAAUAUUACUGCUGCUGAAGUACGGAUAGCAUUACAGAAAUUUCUUUUACGCACUGCCUCAUUGUAUAAUAUUAUUCCAUCAACAACUUUAGAUUCAGCACAAAUUCAUCACUAA